AUGUUUGAGACAACGCGCUGGGGAGUCCUAAAGACGGCACCUGAAAGGCCUAUUGGACUGGAUAGUAUUCAGGAUCAAGUCAAGCAGAAAUUGCUUCGUUUUGGAUUAACAUUCAAUAUUAUGAUAGUAGGUUCUUCUGGCUUGGGUAAAUCCACUAUGAUGAACACAUUGUUCAAGAGCAAAGUGAAUCGAUGGAUGGCAUCAGAUACUAGUCAAGAGCCAAUAAUUCCGCCAACUGUAGAAAUUAAGACUAUUUCUCACGUAAUUGAAGAGAAGAACAUUCGUCUAAAACUAAGCAUAACGGAUACUCCAGGUUUUGGAGAUCACGUUAACAAUGUUAAAUGCUGGGAGCCGAUUAUAAAGUACAUUAAUGAUCAGUAUCAGCAUUACCUAAGUGAAGAGAGACGUAUUGAACGUAAACCUCGAAUUCCAGACACAAGAAUUCACUGUGUAAUCUAUUUUAUUGCUCCAACUGGACAUAGCCUUAGAGCUAUUGAUGUUGAAUGUUUAAAGCGAUUGGUAAAAGUUGUAAACGUGAUUCCAGUUAUCGCUAAAGCCGAUAGCUUGACCUUGGAAGAAAGACAGGCGUUUAAAAAUAGGAUUCGUAAUGACUUUGAGAGAAAUGGCAUUUCUAAACUGUAUCCAAUGCUUCAUAAAGGCCUUGAAGAAGAUGAAUUCCAGAAAAAUAAGGCCAUUAAGAAUCAACUACCAUUUGCUGUGGUUGGUAGUGAUCAAUUUAUGUCCAUUAAAGGAACACCAGUCUUAGCUAGGAAAACUAGAUGGGGCACUAUUGAAGUUGAAAAUCCAAGUCAUAAUGAAUUUCCUCAAUUUCGUGAUAUGCUUCUCAGGACUCACUUACAUGAUUUGAUAGAUACAACUGCUGAAGUUUACUAUGAGCAUUAUCGUCGCAAUCAACUUCAACUUGUGCAAGACGGUGAUUCCUAG